UAUGCACGACUCUAUAAAUACCUAAGUCAUGCCUUCGCCAGUCUUCUUAAUUUCCAUGUUCCCUUAGCCAAAAACAAAGGAGAAAAUCAUGAAGAUAAGAAUAGAAAGUUCAAGAAUCAUUAAACCUUUCUAUGAAAACACCCCUCCUCCAACUACAAGUCACAUUUCCCUUAGUGUCUUUGAUAAGGUCACAUAUGAUGCUCAUAUUGCUAUAAUAUAUGCAUAUCGCCCUCCCACUCCACCAAAUGCUGCUAUUGAAUUAGGUUUUCAAAAAGCUUUAGCAAUUUAUCGAGAAUGGGCAGGGAGAUUAGGCAAAGACGAACAUGAAAAUCCAGUGAUUCAACUCAAUGAUGAAGGUGUUAGAUUCGUCGAGGCAUCGGUCGAUAGCACCCUUGAUCAAGUAAUGCCUUACAAACCGUCACCAUCUUUGCUCAACUUACACCCUAGCUUGAAUGAUGUGAAAGAAUUGGUGCAAGUUCAACUAACAAGGUUCACUUGUGGCUCUUUGGUGGUUGGUUUUACUGCCCACCACACUCUGGCGGAUGGCCAUUCCACUAGCAACUUCUUGGUUGCAUGGGGUCAAGCUUGUCGAGGCCUCAGAGUCAAUCCACUUCCUUUGCAUGAUCGUACAAUUUUUAACCCUCGAAAUCCUCCUAUGAUUGAGUAUAACCAUAAGGGGGUGGAAUUCAUGUCCAAGUUUAAAAAAGAGCGUUCGUUCAAUGAGGUUCAUCAUAUAUCAGAAGAUAUAGUUGUACACAAAGUCCAUUUCACAGUUGAGUUUCUUGCCAAACUUAAAGCUAAGGCUUCUUCUAUGAAUAGCAACAAUAAACCCUAUAGCACCUUUGAAAGUCUCGUGGCGCAUUUAUGGAGGUCAAUAACUAAAGCUCGUGGAUUAAGUGGGUUUGAGACUACUCAAAUAAGAAUCUCAGUCAAUGGUAGAACGAGGUUGAAUCCAAGAAUACCCAAUGAGUACUUUGGAAACUUAGUCCUUUGGGCAUUUCCAACUGCAAAAGUGAAAGACCUAUUGCUAGAGCCUCUUUCAUAUGCAACAAAACUCAUUCAUGACGCUGUUACAAAAGUAAACAACAACUAUUUCAAAUCGUUCAUUGACUUUGCCAAUACGAAAGUAAAAGAAGAAGAUCUCAUCUCAACAGCGGACAUGAACAAGCACAUACUUUGCCCUAAUAUUGAAGUGGACAGUUGGUUAAGGUUUCCAUUCUAUGACUUAGAUUUUGGAACCGGUUGUCCUUACAUUUUCAUGCCUUCUUAUUUUCCAACAGAAGGCAUGAUGUUUCUUGUACCAUCCUUCAUUGGAGAUGGAAGUAUUGAUGUCUUUAUCCCUCUAUUCGAAGACAAGUUGCCCACUUUCAAGAAAAUUUGCUAUUCCUUAGACUUGCUUGCAGAUUAAAAACUUCAAAAAAAAAUUAUUAGUCUGUUCUUUCUUUUUUACCUCUUGUUCAUUUUUACUUUUACAAUUUUACUUAGUCUUCUUUAUCAAUAAAUGACAUUGCUGUCCUACAAAUUUAGGAGUCGUUGAUUCCUACGGUUAUACUUCUUCCCUAUAUACUUGUAAUAAUUUUCUUUGCAGAGGAGAUGUCAAAUACAGAGAUAUCUUAUUCACACAUGGCACAUCCUGUCAAGAUUUUUUCUGCUUUUGUUUUUGUUUCCAACAAGUAUUUUGACUAUUGUAGGAGUCUAUCAAUAUGUAAAGUACCUAGAGGGUAAAAACUUGCC